ACAAAACAAGUGACAAGCCAAAGUCUGGGAUGCUGAAAAGUCCACCCAAAGGCUUUGACACCACCAUCAUCAGUAAAACCUAUUACAAUGUGGUCCUACAGAACAUCCUGGAAGCAGAGAGUGAAUAUUCAAGGGAGCUUCAGAGUCUCCUGGGUUUAUACCUUCGCUCACUUCACCCAACAGACAGACUCACCAGUGCUGACAUCAGCCAUGUUCAGGGAAAUCUGGAAGAGAUCUCAACUUUUCAACAGACGCUGCUUCAGUCCUUAGAGGAACAGACAAAGCUCCCAGAGAACCAGCAGAAAAUCGGGGGAUUCUUUCUAAGCCAGAUGUCCCACAUGAACAACAUAUACAUGGCCUAUUGCUCCAAUCAUCCAUCUGCAGUCAGUGUUCUCACACAACAUAGUGACGAGUUGGGAGACUACAUGGAGUCUAAAGGAGCAUCCAGUCCUGGCAUCUUGACCCUGACCACCAGUCUGAGUAAACCCUUUACCAGACUGGAGAGAUAUCCAGCACUACUGAAAGAACUGGAGAGACACAUGGACGAACAACAUCCUGACAGAGCUGACCUCAACGCUGCCAUGGCAGCCUUUAAAAGCCUUGAUGCUCAGUGUCAGGARGUGAGAAAGAAGAAGGGCCUGGAGCUGCAGAUUUUAACAGAACCCAUCAGAAACUGGGAGGGAGAUGACAUCAAAACUCUGGGUCCUGUCCUCCACAUGUCCCAGGUCAAAGUUCACACGCAGAAUUGUCAGGAGUCAAACGAAUGCUACCUCCUCCUCUUCCCUCACACGCUGCUCAUGGUCUCUGUCAGCCUGAGAAUGAGUGGAUUUAUUUACCAGGGGAAGAUGUCGUUAUCAGGAAUGCUCAUCUCCAGGAUUGAGGACAGAGAAAAUUUAUGGAAUGCUUUUGAAAUAUCUGGUGGUCAGUGUGAGCGGGUACAGGUAGCCUGUAACAGCCAGCGAGAUCUACAAAACUGGCUGGAUCUCCUCACCAAACACACACAUACCACCCCGCCUCAGUUAUACAAGCCUCGGGCCGUCUGCCACACACUGCCCUCCCAUUCUGCCACUCCCACCAGACACUCCGAGUCUCGUGUGGAGAGCUGCAGAAACUCGUACCACACUCUGCCUCAUCUGCCCUCACAUGCACCAGGUCCUGGUAGCCACUCCACGUGGGGACCCCUGGAGCCACCAAGCACCCCCAAACCCUGGACUCUGACCUGCCUUCGCCCUGCACCUCCUCUCCGACCGUCUGCCGCUCUGUGCUUCAAGGAGGAUAUGAGUAAGAGUCCAAAGAAUGUGAAGAAGCUGCUUCCUAAGAGGAAACCAGAGAGGAAACCUUCGGAGGAAGAUUUCACYGCCAGAAAGAGCACAGCAGCUCUGGAAGAGGACGCUCAGAUCCUGAAGGUGAUUGAGGCCUACUGUACAAGUGCCAAGACUCGGCAGACUCUCAACUCAACCUGGCAAGGAACUGACCUCAUGCACAACCACGUGCUYGCUGAAAACAGCCUCACUGUGGCUGAGCUUCCAUGUUCCGACCAAUCGGAAGAUUCGGAUUAUGAGAGUAUCUGGACUUCCCAAAAUCACAGGACCGCCUCGUUCUCUCGCUCCAGCAGGAAAGAUAUUCAGAUAUUGUUUCCCAAAGAGGAGAAGAUUCUAGUUGAAGAAAGCAGAAGCAAUGGUCAAACUGUGGUAGAGGAAAGGAGUCUGGUGGACACUGUGUACAGUCUCAAAGAUGAGGUUCAAGAACUCAAACAGGACAACAAGAGGAUAAAAAGGACCCUGGAAGAAGAGCAGCGAGCAAGAAAAGAUCUGGAGAGGAUUGUCAGGAGAGUUCUAAAGAACAUGAAUGACCCAACAUGGGACGAGACUAAUCUCUGAAAUCACUAAUCUGAACAAAGGUCCAGUCGGAUGGUCGGAUGACAGAAUGAAGAGAAUUGUUCAAAGUGUUUGGACAGACCCUGCCAGUAGUUUAUGCUGCUCUUCAAACAUGUGUCCACUUCUUCAAGCUUUAAACUUCACAGUGACACUGGGCCAAACUGYGGACCAAGAGGAACUCCUGCCACCUUUCAGUCAAGCCACCUCUACACAUAAAGCUGUGAAGCCAUGGUGGCUGGUAGGCAUAUAAACAUCACUUUUUCUUUUGUUAUUUUGUUGUUACUACUGUAUUAGCCUCUCUUUAACCAAUGCCAGGACAGUAUUUUAUUUACGCCUGGCACACAAAUGGUUGAGUUUUACAUUUCCAAGAAACACUGAAGAAAUUAUUAUUUAAGUCUCUGCAAUAUUUAAAACAAUCUGUCCCAGCUACUUAUUUACAGUGCCUAUGAAGUGUUCACGCCCUUGGAUGUUUUAUUGCUGUCAUAAMUCAGUCAUGAUCAAUAUAAAUUGGCCUUUUUUACAACAAAAUUGUAUUCCAAUUUCUACAGGGUAAUAUCAAUUAAAUAAAAAAAUUGUAAUGUAAAUURGGUGAUUGCAUAAAUAUUAACUCCUUUAAAGUGACUGUUCUAAUUCAGUUUAGAGAAAAAAUUAUUAAAAAGUACAAGUCAGAAGGACUGUCAAGGUUCUAAGCAUCCUCAGGAGUUCUGUUAAAUCCACGAUAAAGAAAUGAAAAACAUGAGACGUGUAAAUCUACCCAGAGCAGGUCAUAUUCACAGAGUGACUGUGCAAGAAAGGGAAUAGUAAAUGUCUUCACAUACUCCAUCUGAUGUAAAACAGUUGACACACGGUUAUGUGGUUGUUCAGUGUUCGUUUUCGCACACACCUUUCCCAGCCCCUGAGACACACCGCGCCGAGCUCCUGGGAAAUCCCUCUUCCUGCGGCACACAUCACUGCACGGGGUCUGCUUCAGGUUACAACAGUCGCCAGCAGCAUCCAAGCACUUUCAGCAACAACAAACAAACACAUCCACAAACUUAUGACCAAUCAAACAGUAAGUUCUUAUGUGGAGGGGCAAGUUGUGGCAAGUAGGGACGGCAGAUUUGAAGAUGCGAACAGAAUGAUGCGAUUUUCAUCAUGUAAAUACAAUGAGAGCUGAUUUCAGCAGUUUGGUUGGACCAWAAAGAGCUUUUAAGAGUUGUCAAUAAGCAUUCUGAAGGAGUUACCAGCUUGAACAGGUGAGAUGGGAGAGACUGAGCACACAGCUGUUUCCUGAGCUAUUUCAAAGAGAAAGCCACUGUUGAAGAAAACUCAUUCAAUGUCGAUUAGAGUCUCUAAAGAGUCUAGACCAUUCAUUCCCAAAGUCAGGAUCCCAACCCACAGUGGGGUUGUAAGGUUUUUUAGGGGCCAUAAAAUUGAUUUCUUAAAAACGUUCCUCUCUCUUAUCAAGAAUCAUGCAUGCAGUUCAUCAUUAAGCCACAGGAGGRAGCCCAUCACUAUUUUGACUGCGGUGGUACCUAUCAUCAAACAUGUCAAGUUGUACAGAUUAUUAAUUACUUGGAUUUUCCACCAUAUGCAGGUAAACGUAUAGGGCAAUCUGAGAUUUUUUACAAACCUCAGAUUUUAUUAAAAACUCAACUUCAAAUUAUGUUACAUAUCAGAGCCUGUAGAAUGUAAAACAAACAAACAAACAAACAAACAAACAAACAAACAAACAAACAAACAAACAAACAAACAAACAAUAUUAAACAAGCACCUCCCGAUCUGCUCUGCCACUAGAAAUUGGUAUAAAUAAGUUCUCCACUACUCCCUGUCCUCCCCUGCCAGCUUCUCUGCGCUGCAGUCGCUGUUAUCUCCACCCCACGUUCUGCCUGUCCCUGCAGCCAAAUGAUUGUUUUCAGCCUCCGGCAUAUGAGCAACAUGGAUUUUUUUUGUGUAAAUUACAGUAUUUUGAAGGUCAAGAUACCGCUAAAUGUCUGAAGGGUGUGUGAAGUACACAUUUGAGUGAUCCCUGCGCAAUCAGAAAUGAUUUCUAGAGUCAUAAAAAUAAUGAAUAAAAUAUAAUGUGAG